AUGUGGCGCAGAAGUCCGGCUGCUCAAAGGACAGCAUCAUGCACCAAUGAGGACAUUAUAGUUUUAUGUACGACUGUAAAAAACCAACCAGCAUCGCAACGACUAGUUGGUGUUCGUGAUUCUAUGGAACAGUCAUCUCCAGGGAUAAAUCAAUUUGGAGUUGUAGCAUCUAAAUUAUCACUUCUAACAAAGACUCAGCUGUGUAUUAUGUCAUCAGAUGCCCUGAUAAAAACAAAAAAGCAGCUGGAAGCAAUGCUAGAAAAAGAAGAAAAUUUAUAUAACUCGUGCAAGUGCGAAAUUGACAAGGCGGAGGACCGUAUAAUGGAAAUGGGUAAAGAAAUGCAAAAACUACGCACGAAACGAGACGAUAUAAACGAACAGCUGUCAACUAAUUCACUCAUGUUGGAUGAGUUGGUGAAAGAGUUAGCAAAAGCACAAAAGAGACUUGAUGCUCUCAGAAAACAGCGUGAAGCAUUGCUUGCUUAA